CCCAGAGCAGCACAGUCUGCUAGUCUUAGCAUCUGCCCUUCUUCUAUCACUCUGGAUAUUUAAACCGAGUUUUAAAUCUUCAUUCCUUCAGAUAAAAAGUGCUGUUCUCUUCUUUCAACUCAGGAGUUAAUUGGCCAGAAAACUGAAAGCAGAGAAUUUCUGGGAACUGCUUUGCAGUCUGGCUUUUGGGUUCUGGUAAUACCAAUCACGGCAAGCUCAGCCUGGGCAGUGAAAGAGAAAGACAGAAAUUGAGGGCUGGGGAAAUAUAAUAUUGAGAUAAUCCUGAAAACAAGGCAGAUUUUUUUUUUUUAUAUAACAUUUUUUUAGAUUAAAGGUAAUGUGCAGAGGAAGAAGAGGAUUAUGUCUGAAAUUGUUAUAUUUCCCAUGGAUGUGGUGUAGGAGCUUGAAGGGAAUAAUUUUUAUCACGCAAAAAAGCAAUUUCUGUAGCUAAUCAGCUCUGCUUAGACCCCUUUGCAAGGUAACCUUUACCAGAAAAUAGUCCAUCCAGGUAUCAUUUUUUUGAUCCAGCUUUUCUUCAACUCCUGUCAUCCAGGCCUCGCUGUAGGGAUAUUCCUUCCAGCAAAUGUGAACAGGCUUGAAGACAUUCCUUAUAUAAUGAGUUCCCUUCGUGUCUUCUUCCAGAAGUGCAAACAUUCCUUUUGCUUUUGAAUGCAUAAAACGGGCAGGAACUACUUUGGUUGCCAGUUUGAUUUGGUUGUUUCCUUCAUUAAAGGAUCCAUUGUAACACUGUGUGUGGGGUCUGGGGGCUGUAAAUCUCCAGAACUUUGGAGCAGAGGGUACUGAAUCAGGAGGUGAAAAACAGGACAUUGCAAGUUAGGGUUCGUGGCAGAGAGAUGUGGCAAUGGUUAUGUCUGCAGCUAAGGUCCUCUGCAGGAGGCUGAAGCUGAUUUUGUAUCAGAAAAUUAGAGGAAAAAAUUAACUGGGUUUUUUUGUUGUUUUUUUUUGAAGUGCUAUGUUUUUCGAAGUAAGUAUUUCUUGCUGUGGUCUGAUAGCAAGAAUGAGAAGCUCCAGACGUUCUGCAGGAGGCUCUACAGCAAUGUUCCAUCUACUCUGGGUUUGGAAUGCCAGCGUUUAAGAGAACUUAUUGCAGGGAAAUGGCCCUCCAGGGGACUUUUGGCUUAACCAGUGGCUCCUGUGUACAUUAGGCAUACAAAACCAAAGUGGUCCAGCUAGGAAAUCAAAGGAAGAGCUUUGUCUGGAUGUUUGGGAUGGGAUUCUCAGCUUUACUUUCGAUGUCUGUAUUGUAGCUGUAGCUAGGCUAUUUGUUUAGUCUUUUUUUAUAAUAAGCAGUGAGAGGAAGGGAAAGCAGGCAAUUAGCAGAGUGUUUGUGGUCAGUUGUAGAUGGCUUAGAAUCAGAUCAAUUGUUCAUUAGAGCAUCUGAUUGUCUCCAUUAGUGGUGAGAGCCAAAGGUGACAGUAGCAGAGGGGAUUAUCUGAUUAACUUAAGAUAUCAACAUCUGUCCAUCAAAAUGAGCUUUAUGUAUCCAGCUGGAGGAAAUCAUUUUCAGCCUGUGCUUAGAGGACAGAGCUUUCUCAGCAAGGUGAUGCAGCUUGGUGCCUCAUGGCAGUGAGGGAUGCUGUUUGUACUUCUCAAAGCAGAUCUCUGCCUUGAGAGGAUUGUCCUGAGGACAGUAGUGGCUCAGAGGCAGUCUUAUGGAGCUGGGAGGAUUGAAGUGCGCCUCUAAAUUCUUUUAAGUCUCUACCUUUCAGGUUCUCUUCAAAAUUUAAUGUAAUAGCAUUCUGUCUUCUGGAGAGUCAAUAUCAUUUGAUUAUACUUGAUCCGUCUUUAAAUGUCAGGUAUUUUGCAAUUUGCCAGUGAGUUGCCAUAUGCUAUUGUAAAGAUGGGCUCUGAGAUCUCAAAUUUUGAUUCUUUUUCUUAAGCCGAAGUGGAAUAGGACAGUAUGUGACAAACCAACAAAUCUAAGUGGCUCUGAGUAGUUUUUAGGGAGAGUCUCCAUUUGAGAAUGAUCAUCUAAUCUGUUGUUGUGUUGGUUCAGACCCACACUCCCCGGAUCCAAGAGGUAAUGCAGUGGGUGGGAAAACAUCCAGUUCCUGUGCCUUUAGUUCCCUGUCAGUAAUGUCAUUGCUUUAAUGUCAUAUUGCUGGUAGAUUUCAUUUGCCUGUGAUAGCUGCUGUUUCUUUCAAAGCAAAGUGUCUGAGCCAAAGGUGUCAGCAGGCUCUGGCUUCUUGAGAAUCUACUUUCAGAAGUAGAUUUUUGACGGGCUAGUGCUUUUCCUUUGAUAGCUCUGAGAACUCAGGAAGGGUCACAUACAGAUAAUAUUUUAUUCCAGAAGCAGCAGGGCAGGAUAAAGGAUGUUUGUUGGUCAGCCCGUGGUCCAGGGACACAUGUUCCUCUCAGGCUCCUAGUUUACAGAAACUCUGUCAGUAAGCUGCUCUUUUGGUGCAAAGCAGCCUGUCUAUUGUGUUCCCUCUCCAACUUGAGGAAUUAACUGGGGAAAAAUAAAAGUUCUUUGGUUUCAGAUGCAAGCUUAAUACCAGAGCCUCUCUUGCUGUUUCCAGAAGCAAGUAUCUUCAUUACCUUAAUACUUGUGUCUAGUACAGUGCUGGGAGUCAGUAGGUUGAGCAAAACAUAUACUUCAAAUGGAAUGGACCUGGAGUACCUUUCAUGCAGAUCCCAUGGUCUGUUGGGUUGGACUAAGUGGCUGGCAGUAGUUCAUGGAUGCAGCUAACAAAAAGGCACCUGGCACUGUAGCUGACAUCGUGGUGCAACAGGAUGUUCUUGUGGUACCCAGAUGUGUGAGGUUCUGCAUAUGUGGUAAGUGCCAGUAAUUCCGCACCCUUUGGGUAUGGAGAAACCAUGGUGUUAUACCACUGGGCUGUUAGUGCAGCAGAAAAAGGUUUUUCUUUUCCUGUAGCUGCUGCUGGGACAAAUGAGGUGAGGCUGCUUUGGUGGUGGAAUACAGUAUGGAUAGGCUCAAAGUGUGAGGUUGAGUGUCUCUAAAGCUGGAGCAGAGGAGCAGAAAUGGCUUUUACAGCUGUGGCUAAGUUAGUGUUGUGAUGUAGAUGUGGCCAUGAUGUACUCUUGCUGGCUGAGAGGGAGGGAGAGGGAUGGUUCCUAAAGCUUUCUAGUUUCCUGCACCCUUUUCCAAUCUCUGUGUCUGGGGAACUCCAGCUCCUCAGUUUAAUUCACUCAUUGAAAGCGGGCGGGGAGGGACAGCUGGAAUGGAGAGCUCUCUUGCUCCAGAAAUGGCACUGGGAUGUAAAAUCCCAACUGAUGCCAGGCCCUCCAAAGAUGGAGAAACCCCACUCUUCUUAGCUUUAUCUAAAAUAGCUACUAGAGGUCUUGAGACCCAAAGCAGUAAUGUCUACAGUGGAGUUUGAGGCUGCUACUAUAAGACACGUCUAGUAACAUGAGCACCCUGGUGGAGUACAGCCUGCUAUGGGGCCUAAUUAUGGUCUUAUUAAUGCUUUCUUUCCUCACUGCCUUCCAGCCUUCAGAUGGUGAUUAGACCUAUUUAUAGGGGCAGAGUUCCUUAAUAUUCAUCACAGCGUACUUCUUGCCAAUCAAAUCAGUAGCAUCUGCAUCUUUGAUUGCUGCUUAAUAACACUGUAGAACAUGCUUAAUUAAAAAAUAUAAAUAGACUUUUCAUCCUCUUAACUUAUCAAAGUGCUUCUCUCCUCCCCCUGCCUUGCUUACCCCAAAAAACCUAAAAUUGGCUUAGCACAGGGACUGUGGUGAACCUCUCAUCUCACUGCUGGAGACACCAGUUACCUCUUGUGUGCUCUGCUGGAGGACUAAAUUUCGACCCCUCCAGUGAAUGUCAACACAGGGCAGAGCAAUCGUUUGCUGCGCAAUAAAAUAGGACUUAUGUCGAGGCUCUUUUGCUGCAUUUACAGCCAGAGCAUGAGAAACUUGUAGCUUUUGUUCCAGCUGUGUGUCUACAUCUGUGCAAGUGCAUAUGCACACACUGCCUUGUCCUGCCCCUUAACAGGAGGAGGAUGUGCAAUGACGUGUUUUGCUUUUCUGUGACUUCAAGUCUCUUUUUUUAAAUAUGGUUCUCUGGCUUUGCAGCUGGUAAACUCACAGGAAUGUGUUUUAUCUGUGGAGGGCAAGGUGAUACAAUUAUCUUUCUUUAUUAUUAUUAUUCUUUCCUUGGAGGAUUUGAUUCUGAUAUUUUUCCGGGAUAGCCUCUAGGCAAGCCUCUAGGGUAACCAAGGAAUGACUUGAAUACACAAGCAGAUUUGACCAUGAAAUUUUGUUGGAAGCCCAUGAAGAAAGUAGGGAAUGAGGAUGAUGUAGUAGUCCAUUAAGUACAGUACUAGAGAGUGCCAUAGUUAAGUGCACAGUAGUAGAAGUUUGGGAUGUGACAUACAACAGACAUUGUAGCAACUGGGAGCCUUUGGAGCUCUAAAAGCCACAGUCGGGUAUUGUGAGCAGUGAGCUGAUGUAGCACACUGGACUGGAGCAGAGGAAAGUGAGGAUAACAGAGGUCUGUUAUUAUCAGCCAGCACAGGAAAACAUUUGUCCAGGUGAACGUGGUAGAAAGUGUUAUGUGUAAGAAGUUACGGUCAGUGAGGAAUUCGGGAUGACUUCUCACUGUGAACUAAGUAACAGGUGUGACUUUCCUCUGUCAGAGGAGGCAGCAUUUUCUGAUAAGCUGUGCCCAAAACCUGUCUCUGCUCCAUCGUUUGAGUGUGUUUAAUCUUAACCAGCAGCUCACUUGUGGCUUUGUUCCCACUGUGGAACCAUACUGGUGGCAGUGGUGUAGUGGUGUGUGGUGAGGGCUGUGCAGACUUGGGUUUUAUUGCAUGUUGCUGGUCUCUGCAUCCUCACAGGUGUCUACAAGGCACUGAUCUUUUAUUAGGAUCCUACAAAGGAGAGACACAGGGCUAGAGACAACCUCACACUUCUUUUUGGAGAUGUUACUGCCUGUGGGAAUUAAAGGCCUCUAAUUCAUGCUGCCUUUCCAGUGCAGGGACAGAAGCAGCAGCAAGUAAUUGCUAAAGCAGCCUUUGUAGCUUUGAAGAAUACACACUGAUUUUGUUUUCAAAGUAUUUAAUCUCUCUUCUCCCCUGAGCCCUCUCUUUUUAGUCUCUUGAAGCAUGUUAAGAAAGCAGGUAUUGUUGAUGGCUUGCCUUAUUCUCCCUUUAUUUUCAUAACAAAGUACACAUCUGGUAAGUGCUUGUAUGUAGAUUUACAGCCUGCCUGUGUUGAGGAGAGCCAAACUGUUUUCUUGAUAUUGCCUUUGUUUAUGUUCCUUUGAAAAAAUAAGGUACUUUAAGAUUGCGGGGAUCUUUUUUUUGUUUGUAGAUAAUCACCUCAGUGGUUGAUCCUCCAUAGUGCAACAUUUUCUCAAGAACUUUGGGAAGUGUUGCUUCUUUUACAGACUCUGUUUGCUCUGUGAGAAGUUCUCUUGGGCUUAGCCUUAAUAUAAGAAGUUUUAUUCUUAGGUCCAGGGAGAGGUAACGCAAGAGGUGAGCAAAGUAGGUGGAAUCUUUCUCUACCUAUCCAGAGCAGUGAAUUUUGUACUUCGUUUUCCAGGUUCAGAGCUACAAAUCUCUACACAGCCAUCAGAGUAUUACACUUGGCUGGAAUGAUUCAACAGUAACACCAGUUGUUGUUUCCAGAUGCCUGAAAACCCUGGAGUGCUCAGCCCGUAUCUGUCCUGGUUUGAAGUCUUUUGGAAAGGUACAAUGGCUGCAGUAGCCCAGAAGCACUUUUUGGAGGGGCAGACAUACUCAGUCCCCCUGAUCCAACCGGACUUACGCAGGGAGGAGGCUGUUCAGCAGGUGGCAGAUGCACUUCAGUACCUGCAAAAGGUGUCUGGUGAUAUAUUCAACAGGAUCUCUCAGCGGGUAGAGGCCAGCCGGGCACAGCUUCAGGCAAUUGGUGAGAGAGUCACACUCGCCCAAGCGAAGAUUGAGAAGAUAAAGGGCAGCAAAAAGGCUAUUAAGGUAUUUUCCAGUGCCAAGUACCCAGCCCCUGAACGGCUGCAGGAGUACAGUUCAAUUUUUGCUGGUGCAGAAGACCCAGCUAAACAGAAAGGGCCAAGGCACAAGAUUCAGAGCAAACAUCGAAUGCUGGAUGAGAAAGCUCUGCAGGAAAAGCUCAAGUAUUUCCCCGUGUGCGUGAGCACCAAAAUUCACCAGGAGGAUGAUGCAGAAGAAGGCCUUGGCAGCCUUCCCAGGAACAUCAGCUCCCUCAGCUCCCUGCUACUCUUCAAUACCACCGAGAACCUGUACAAGAAGUAUGUUUUCCUGGAUCCUCUGGCUGGAGCAGUGACCAAGACCCAUGUGGCUCUGGAAACAGAGACAGAAGAGAAGCUCUUUGAUGCUCCUCUCUCCAUCACCAAAAGGGGACAGCUGGACCGACAGGUAGCUGAAAAUUACUUCUACGUGCCAGAUCUGGGCCAGGUCCCUGAGAUUGAUGUGCCAUCCUACCUGCCAGACCUGCCUGGCAUCGCUGCAGAUCUCAUGUACAGCGCUGACCUGGGCCCCGGCAUUGCACCGUCUGCCCCCAGCAGUGCUAUUCCAGAGCUGCCCACCUUCAACACUGAGUUGGUGGAGCCUUUGCAACCAGAUCUUCAAGAUGCUGAACUAUUGCCACCUCCUCCCCCUCCGCCUCCCCCACCGCCUCCUGUUGUGCCAACCACUGUGCCUCCUCCGCCACCCCUGCCCCAGCCCACGGCCCCCUCGGAGCCAGCCCGGACAGCAAACGAGGAGAGCAGCAACACAGUGCCUGCAGCUUCUGUCCAGGGAGCCCCAAAGGAGGUGGUGAACCCGUCUACUGGGCGUGCCAGUCUCCUGGAGUCCAUCCGCCAGGCCGGUGGCAUUGGGAAGGCCAACCUCCGCAGUGUCAAGGAGAGGAAGCUGGAGAAAAAGAAACAGAAGGAACAGGAACAAGUGAGAGCUACGGGACAAGGUGGAGAUUUGAUGUCAGACCUCUUCAAUAAACUGGUGCUGAGGCGCAAAGGUAUUUCAGGGAAAGGGCCAGGAGCCUCUGGGAAUGCCGAUGCUCCAGGCAGUCCUGCCGGUGCCUUUGCUCGCAUGUCGGACUCAAUUCCACCCCUCCCACCCCCACAGCAGCCCGUGGGUGAGGAGGAUGAGGAUGACUGGGAGUCAUAGAUGGGAUCAGUUGAGCAUUAGUGUCAAUCUGCUGCUGUCUGAAAAUUUUAAUAAAGUUGAAAGAAGCAGGUCCUUCCACCUUCAUUUUGGUAAAAGUGGGAAGUGUCAUCAAUUAAGGGUGUGGAAAGGGAGAGCCCAGCUGUCCACGCAUGGCUGGUGGGGACCAGCCUUACAGCACAGCAUCACCAGCCACAAGCCAGAGGGCACCAGCUGCUAGAAGCAGGUGCCCCCCCCUCCCUCUUUCACUGGGGUGAAGGCAGAGCUUGUGCAGGGUUGGUACCCUCUGAAGGGUCAGGAGACUCACAAUGGAAGUUUCUCAUAGGCAGCUCUUUCUUUCCCUGUGGGGCUAAUUAACAUACAGGGAGUGGGUAACAGCUCUUGUGUCAUAAUUAUAAGUACUUUCUUCAUUGUGAAGAGCCUUGAGAGGUAGCAUCCAGCUGCUGAAACUGGCAGAGAGGAAAAGGAAGUUCCUGGGAAGAAACUUGCUCAGGAUGACAGAACAAGCUGGGGCCGGCUGUGGGAUGACGUAGCUGUCCCUGUUGUUAUUGCUGCCCUCCAGCACUGACCUAUAACCUUGGAAAGAACCCCAGGAAUGUUAACCUAAAAAAGUUACUUGUAGUUGAAAAACUUAAGCAGUAGAAAGAACAGAGCAACCCUCUGCCUAAGCAUGAUCACAGGAGAAGUGCUAUAUUAUGGCCAUAUCCUUAUUCCCCUGGAAAGAAUGAACUGCUCCUUAAAUCUACUGACAGCUUGAAGCAAGAGGACAAGAAAUGUUACCCAUAGCUGCCUUGUGGCUUACCACUCCAGCUGUGUGUUAUUCCAACAGGACACAAACUAAUGGCCUGCUAGUUUACAAUUCCUGUGAAAAGCUCUAUGUUGUCAUUGACCAUCAGGCCUCCUACGUGUGGUGGUUGAUGGGAAAAAACAGAUGUAUUCAGUUAAAAUAAUUAUACUCCCCAUACUUAAUGUUUUGAAAGUAUUUAAUCAAUUUAAAUAAAACCUUAACAGCUGUAAACAAA